AGAAAAAAAGGAGAGAUUUAUCAAUAUAUUUUAUAAUGUAAAAUAUAUGUAUUUUUUAAAAUUAUGAUAUGUGCGAUAGAUUUGGAUAGACGCGCACUGUGUUAAGAUUGAUUGCAGUUUAUUUAUCUGUAUGGCCUGGGCUGGCACUGGCAGCGACUGUUGACAUGGCGGCGGCGGAGGAGGAGCUGGAGGUCGGAGAGGAUCUCGACGCGGACGAAGUCGAUCCGGAAUGUGAGGAUGAUGGGGAGGAAAGCGCGAAUACUGAGUUCACGCUGGAUGAGGUGCUGCGGCUUGGAGGGACCAAGGCUGAUUAUCUAAUGCUGUUUCACUUAAAUGAGAAUGAAGAACUAGUUGAUGGUGGAAAAAAGUCAGCAAUCGAUGAUCUGGAAAAAGGUGAAUUAGAAGCCUUCAUCAAGAAAAUAGGCGUAAGGAAAUACUCCAAAAUUGUGCUGGAAGAAAACAAAGAGUGCACUAAAGGUGAAAAGCAAGCAAAAAAGGAGGGAGAAAAAAUUGACAAAAAGGGCAAGAAGAAUAAAAAUAAGGAACUGAAAGAGAAGAUUCAGGAUGGAAAGGCUGAUAAAAAAGGACAGCCUGGCAAGAUUGGAAAGCAAAAUCUCAUUCAAGAUAAUGAAGUAUCAAGUACAUCCGAAAUACCGGGAAGAAAAACUAAACGUCAGGACAUCUUUGAAUUUCACCCCAAACAAUACUUAUUGGUAAAGCCAGGUGGAAAGUGGUAUGAUGCAGAUUGUGCAAAUGAGCACACCUCUGAGCCACAAGAUGAAUCAUUUGUUGCACAGUAUAAAAAUCUUGCCAAACAGCUGUACGAGCAUGAAACCAAUCUUUACACAAAUAAGAAAAAUAUCCAAAAAGGAGCAAAUUCAACAUGGAUGAAAACAGUUGUCACAACAGGCACGUUGGCAGACAGAAUGGCAGCAAUGACACUUCUGAUUCAGGAUGCUCCAGUGCACACUCUACAUUUUGUAGAGGUAUUAGUCAACCAAAUUAAGAAGAAGGGAAGUCGACGGCAGUCUUUAAUGGCAUUGAGUACGCUAACAGAACUAUUAAUCUCUGACUUGCUUCCGGACAAUCGAAAAUUACAAACUUUCUCGCAGCAUCCUUUUAAAAAGCUGGAAGAGCUUGCCAGUGGGAACAAAGAUGCCAGGGACAAGCGCCUAAUAAUGUGGUACUUUGAACACCUCUUGAAGCACCAUUUUGCAGAGUUUGUGCAGGCAUUAGAAACUUUGACUCAUGACAAUGUCCAGGCAACAAAGGCUCAUGCCUUGGGUACAGUUCAUGAGAUACUCUGCAACAAGCCAGAGCAAGAGAAAGCCCUGCUGAUUCAGUUAGUAAACAAGUUAGGAGAUCCACAAUAUAAAAUGGCCACAAAGGCCUCCUACCUUUUGGAAACAUUGCUUCAUAAACAUCCCAACAUGAAAACUGUUGUGUGUUGCGAAGUUGAGAGACUUCUAUACAGACCUAAUAUUAGUUUGAAAGCCCAGUACUAUGCCAUUUGCUUUCUCAACCAAAUGGUCUUGAGCCAUGAGGAGAGUGAUCUUGCUGGGAAAUUAAUAGCUGUUUACUUUUCAUUUUUCCAUGCCUUUGUUAAAAAGGCAGAAAUAGACUCUAAAAUGCUAAGUGCAUUGCUGUCCGGAGUCAAUAGAGCUUUUCCUUAUUCCAAGACGGAUGAUGGAAAGAUAAUGGAACAGAUGGAUACUUUGUUCAAGGUUGUCCAUGUUGUGAACUUUACAACAAGUGUCCAGGCACUCAUGUUGCUAUUUCAGGUGAUGGAUUCUAAACAAGCUAUAUCCAAUCGCUACUAUGUCACACUUUACCGGAAACUGUUGGAUCCAGGACUGGCACAAAGUUCUAAACAAGCUAUGUUUCUAAAUUUACUGUACAAAUCUUUGAAGUCUGACGUUGUGCUUCGUCGCAUUAAGGCAUUUAUAAAAAGGAUCUUGCAGGCCACUUGUGGCCAGACGCCAUCAUUUAUAUGUGGAGCCCUCUACCUUAUUUCUGAGAUUUUGAAACUGAAGCCAGGCCUUCAAGCCCUGUUACAAGAACACUGGGAAUCUGAUGAAGAAGAACAUUUUAGAGAUGUUGAUGACAGUGAUGAAGAUAAAUCUGAAAAUCUUGAUAAAGAGAAUAUGGUGAACAAAUCGCAUGAAGGGAAGAAAUAUGGAGAUGCUGACAAAGAAAGGGUUGUUCAGAAUACAGUUGCAGCCGUAAAACCUAAAUCAACUGCCUCCGGAUCGUGGUUGCAUCUCAAAAAUCAAGAAGGUGGAAAGAGUCUAGGAACCUACGAUCCACUCCAUAGGAAUCCUCUGUCUUGUGGAGCAGACCAUGCUGGUCUCUGGGAAUUGAAAAAGCUGAGUGAACAUUUCCAUCCAUCUGUGGCACUCUUUGCAACAACUAUCCUGCAGGGUAAUCAGAUCCAAUAUACUGGAGACCCCCUGCAGGAUUUCACAUUAAUGAGAUUUCUUGAUCGCUUCGUGUACAGAAAUCCUAAACAGCAGAAAGGCAAAGGCAACACUGACAGCAUUGUGAUGCAGCCCAAACAGAGAUCUCUGUUGAACAAUCCACUUAAACUACCAGUAAAUAGUCAGAAGUUUAUCGAACAAGAGGAGAGCCAGGUCCCAGUGGAUGAAAUAUUUUUCCAUAGGUAUUACAAAAGACUUGACGCAUCGCAGAAAUCACGAAGAUUGCGUAGGGGUGAAGAAGCUGUUGAAGAUGUGGAUGAUGAUGAGUUCGAGCAAGUGCUUGAUUCCCUUGAAGGAGAGAAAUAUUUUAAAACAAUCGAAGAUAGUUUAGAUUUUGCAAGCAAUAUGAAACCAAAAUCAUCAAAAGGAAUUGAUGAGCAAGUUGAUUCAGAUCUAGAUGAUGAUGAUGAUAUGAGUAACUUGGAUGAUGAAGAAGUAUCAUUAGGAAGCUUGGAUGAGGAAGACUUUGGUGAAGUUGUGGAAGAAGAUGGUGGUGUAUUCAUGAAUGAUACAGAUGAUGAAGAGGUCGACAGUGCAGCAGCAGUGAAGAAAAGUAAUAAGCCUGGUAAAAGGAAAAAAAGUGAAGACUUGGAUUUCUCAAAACAUGUCAAAGGAAAGAAACGGAAAAGGGGUUUUAAGGAUGAUGCUGACAUGUUUGCUGCAGCAGAAGAGUUUGGUUGCCUACUUGAUGAAAAUGCAGGAUCAAAAUUUGACAACGUCGGAAUUAAUGCAAUGGCAAACAAAGAUAAAGCGAGUAUAAAGCAGCUACAGUGGGAAUCUGAUCGUGAUGCUUGGAUCAGAGGCAAAGAUCCACAUACACUCCGAAGGCAGAAGAACUUCAGGGCCAAGAGACUAAAAAAUAAGCAGAGAAGAUUUUUAAAUAAGAGAUGAACAAUGUUUACUGAAUCAGAUAUUGUAAAGUUGAAUAAUGUUUUAUAAUAGACUUUGCACUUACAUAUUUACUGGUUGUGUUUGCUGGACCAGGUUUCCUGAUCCAGUUCUCUAAUUCCAUAAAUUCCCGCCCAUUCAUUGGAUUUAUAAUAAACUGAAAAUUGUAAACAAUUUAUUUUGAACCAAUAAAUUGAUUAAUGGAUU